AUGGCGUCCGAACAAGAAGUCCGCGCCUGGACCUUCACAGGCGGAUACCCCGACACGCUGAAACUGUCGAAAAUCAAAGUGCCUCAAGAGAGCGAGGUGGAUGAACAACACGUCCUCGUCCGGAUCUCCGCCUGCGCGCUCAACCCCGUCGACAUCCAAAUCAUGAACAUGCCAACUUUCACGGCACCGUGGGGCGACAAAUCGCCCAAGACGACCGUGAUGGAUUUCAGCGGGACGGUGGUCGCCUGUCCAGGAGGACAAUUUUCUCAAGGCGAUGAGAUCUUCGGCAUGGCGUUUAAAUCGUACCUCCCUGCCGGGGGCGCGCUGGCGGAGAUGGCGUGCCUGGACCUGCGGGGCACGCCGGCGGUGAAGAAGCCGGAGGGGUGGAGUGCGGAGAAGGCGGCGGCGAUUAGUCUCGUGUGGUUGACGGCCAAGGCGUGUAUUGAGAACGUGGCGCCUUGGGUGGAGAAGACCCAGGGGAAGAGGGUGGCGGUGCUCGGGGGGAGUAGUUCGACGGGGAUAUAUUCGAUUUUGUUGGCGAAGAGGAGGGGGUGGAAGGUCGUUGCGACGAGUAGUGGGAGGAAUAAGGAUUUUGUGCUGGAGGAUUUGAAUACUGAUGCGCAUGUCGAUUAUACGCAGGAGGAGGUGCGGAGGGCGGUGGGGAAGUUUGAGCCGGAUGCGGUGAUUGAUUGUGUGGGCGGGACGGAGUGUAUCGGGUUGCCGUCGAGUAAGCGGUAUAUCUCCAUUGUCGGCGAUAAGACGGGCCGGACGAUGAUGGGGGGCCCGUAUACGUACUACGACUACCUGCACCCCCUGACGGCGGCGAGCCAGUGGUUGAGGUGGGCGUGGGGCCGGGUGGGACUGGGCGAGGCGUAUGAUGUGGUGAUUUUGAGCCCGAAGAAUGAGUGGUUGGAGGAGGCGAAGGGGACGUUGGGACAAGAGCAGAUUUUUGUGGAUGCGGUGUUUGGGUUUGAGGAUGCGAAGGACGCGUUUGAGAGGUUGAAUAGUGGCAGGGCGAGGGGGAAGGUUGUUGUGAGGGUUGCGAGGUAG